CUAACCGCGUUGUCUGAGAUGCUAUCUGCACCUCUGCUUGGAUGUGCGCUGCGCAAAGAUAUAGCCGACUUCAGCGAUAUUUCGAGAGAAUGGCUGUUGGAUGUGGUUAAUGGAGGGUUUGGUGGAUUUGUUGAAGUGGAGGGAAUCUCGGAGGACUCUCCUGAGACGGAACGUGGUGAGGAUGUUUGA